AUGAACCUGUACGAUCCUCACGACGACGCGCUCGACCACGUCCAGCCGAAUAAGCCGCACGCGGACGCGCUUCGCAAGCUGCGCGCCGGUCUCGCGAACGAUCCCCACGGGAUGAUGCGGUGGUGGGAGGGUGACUACCCGUGCAAGAUGCCGUGGCGGGGUAUACGGUGCGAGGGGGGCAACGGCGUGACGCACAUUAUCAUGAGCAACAGGGGGCUCAGCGGGCACAUCGACCCGGCGAUAGGGCUCAUAGAGACCCUCCAGGUGCUCGACCUGGGGAAUAACUUCAUCUUUCACGAAAUCCCCGGCGAGGCCAUAGCAAACCUCACCAGGCUGGAGACCUUGAACCUGCACAACAACAAGAUAAGGGGGAAAAUACCUCCAGAGCUGGGUAACUCCACGUCGCUGGUGCACAUCGGGUUAUCGAGGAACCUGUUGGCAGGGCCGAUACCAAAGGAGUUGGGAAAGAUACAGACGCUGGUGUCGCUGGACCUCGCGAUGAACUUCCUUAACGGGACCAUCCCUGCCGAGCUUGGCGACCUCAUCUACCUGGCUGAGCUGAACCUUGGAAAGAACCGUCUGCGUGGCGCCAUUCCGCCGGAACUGAUCCCUGAGGACAGGGUGAGCAAGCUGGUGACGCUGCGGAUGAGCAGUAACAUGUUGGAGGGGACGGUGCCGACGUGGUGGGGGUCACAGCUCAAGUACCUGCAGAUCCUCGACCUGAGCAGGAACUGGCUCAUCGGCGACGUGCCGCCGGCACUGGCGGAUAUUCCGAACUUGAGGGAGCUGUGGCUGAACCACAACAAGUUUAUGCGCGGGGAGACGCCGGCGGUGUUGACCAAUAAAGGGCUGCAGGUGCUGGUGCGGUGA